CUCGAGAGAAAUGAAUCCGUGUGGCUUGUGGCACUAGGUAAAAAGAGAGCGACAAGUUUUUACUGAAAAGCUGCCUCAAAACCAUUCAAAACCUGCUACACGAGAUGAUGAAAUGGAGGCGCAUCUCCAAUGGAACGGCAACAUGGCGAGCUACGUGGGUUUUCUGUUUGUUUGGCUUGCAACUUUGGCUUCAGUUGGCGUCUUUACAGCGAAGGCACAUAGCAAUGAGACAGGGCAAAGUACCCCUGUCGCCUCUUUAUGGUCCUCUCCAAGCCUCGUCUACCUGUCAACUGCCGCCCAGGUUUCUACAUCUGUGUUGCCUUCCAUAAGCACUUCAGCAUCUCACACAGCAUCUAGUUCCUCAGUGGUACCAUCAGCAUCAGUUACACACACACCCCUACCAACUGUGACGCCUACAACACCCACUGUUACUCCAACUGCCGCCCAGGUUUCUACAUCUGUGUUGCCUUCCAUAAGCACUUCAGCAUCUCACACAGCAUCUAGUUCCUCAGUGGUACCAUCAGCAUCAGUUACACACACACCCCUACCAACUGUGACGCCUACAACACCCACUGUUACUCCAACUGCACCAAAUGUGACAACCAUCCCAACAACAGCAUCAACAGAGUCGCCAGCUAAUGGUACAACUUCAAUGCCUACAACUAUUGCUCCAUCACCAACGAAAAAAGGUGAUCACUCCUCUCACAUCUCUCAGCAUGAGCUGGAUGCUCAAAUACGCUACAAGUGGGUCGCUGUCACCUUCUGUCUUCUCUUUGCUGUGGGAUUUGUUGUGAUGACAAUCAUGUUCAUGCGACAGCGGAAAAUGUACCAUGAGAUGGAAGGAGAUGUCUCAUUGGCACGUCUUAUUUAGUUAAGCCACCUUUCAGUACCAGCCAUUUUACCAUGAGAUAAAAAAAGAGCUCUGUCUUGAUUAUCUUGACAAUAUUUGUUGCUCAAAUUGCAGAUGCAUGCUCUUCUAAUGAAACUUAAGAAUAUGGCCAUUACUCCAUCUCUGCCAUUACUGUAUCAGCGGGAGUUUUUUAUGGUUACAUGAGCUGUACAUAGCCAAAGGCUUUGAUCUCCAAUUUAGAGACUGGUAAAUUUGUGUUUCUUUUUUUUACUUUUUUAUUUUUCUAAAUUUCCCUUUCAACAUAAUAGGAAACUUAAGUUCUCACCUUAGUCAACUCUAUUUUUAUUUUAAUUUGGUGUAAAUUUUGACACAGAAAUGAUAAAUAUUGCAAAAUUUAACGUCUGGGUAACUGAAAAGAUAAAUUUUCAGUAGCAUGCAGUUUGUUUAUUUUCCCCUCGUGGUAAUUAUUUUUAUGUACAUUGUUAAAAUUGUGUUGUGUUAGAUAAUUUGAACUGGUUGGGUCCUACUUUUUCAAUCAAAUAACAAUAUGAAUUAAGGAUUGUUUCUCACACUGUUGGAAAGUUUAGGUUUGAUGGUUUUAAAAUUGUAAGCAUUGUGUAUUCUUUCAUUCACAAAGUAUAAAAUGAAAGUAAGUUUAGGCCACUAAGUACAUGUAAAGCUUUAUAUUUACCUAUCUCAAGAGAUAUCACAGUCUCAUUGUUGAGUUUCGUUAUUCACUUAUAAGUAGCAUUUUUCGAUAUUGUAAUGCUAUAUUCAAAGAAACGUUUUUUCGUAACUGCUGUUGAACAAAACAGGAAAUAGUUAACCUAAUACCAUGUUAUGCUUAUUAUUAUUAAAACGGGUUUUAAACCAAAUAAAAAUACCACAAUUCACAAAAUACACGUCGAUGCGAAUUUUUAGUAUUUAUUAUAACUCAUCGGAGCUAGAGAUAUGCACAGGGUCCCCUCUGAUGCCAAGACGCGAGUCUUUUCUUAUUCGAGGAAAGACAGAGUUUCCAAAUCUUGAACGUUUUUGCAUAAUAUCCUGCGAAAUCACCUCUGCAAAUCCUGGCAGGCAACAUUCUUGCAUGGGAAGUUUUUCCUUGAAAUAAAUGCUUCACAACUACCAUUGGCAACAAAAAAGUUGUAGUGAAAAAGAAGAGAAAAGUCGCGACGUACUCCAUUAUUGUAUAAUUAUUAUUUGCAUCUAUCUAAGUGAAGUUCUUCUUUUAUCAGGCUACUUAAUUUUUGUCAUAUGCACGUGAUUUAUUUAUCUCUCUCUUUUUACGAAAGUAACGCAAUGUCUUAAUUUUCGCUCCGAGCUAAAAGAGUUUCAAAUUGCGUCAUUUCUCUUUUCUUAACCGUGUGCCAUUCUGCCGAACUGUGCUGUCAUGGUUCGUAAAAGAGCGCGAAAAAAGAAUCUACCCCCGUCAUUGCUUCUCCUGAAAGUUUGAAAAGGAGAUGUGAUUACAAAUAAAAACUGUGGAAACAGCAUCAGGAUUAUUAAAAACAAAACAAGGAAUGAGGAAUGGAACGAGUCAAAAUGGGAAAGCCAAGAAGUUUUCAAGAGCAGUACUCAAGAAAUGCGUAAAAUAUUGUCCAUCCUUUUGUGUUGCACCGUCGUCGCCACCCGCAUUCCACCGGUAACUGGCUUUUGGUUUUUCUCCUGUCCCCAUGGCAACAGAAAUGGACGAGCCGGUGACGUGUGCUCGGUCUUCUGCCAGUGCCGCCCGCCCAAUACUUGUCUAGCUGGUCUGCAGCGCUGUGUCGCGCCUGCAAAGCAUGCUGAGCCCUGCCAUGCAACCAAGCCUUGUGGCCCUGGUCUUAGCUGUCAUCCUGGAGUUCAGAGAUGUUAUCACGUGCCCAGGCGCCUGCACGAGCCCUGUGUAGCUGGUUUUGGAUGUGGCAGCGGACUAACGUGUGAGCCUGGAAUUCAGGUAUGUUACCAUCAGCUUCGCCAAUAUAACGAGCCCUGCGCAGCAGGAUUCCCGUGCGCCGGCGGGCUGAGCUGUCAGCCUGGGAUUCAGCGGUGUCUUUAUCACCCGCGCCGUGAGAAUGAGCGUUGCUCGUUGGGCUUUGAGUGCGCUGACGGCCUGGAAUGCACACUGUGCGCGAAGCCCUACCUCACGUGUCAGAUGUCACGUGUUCCUUUAAACGACGAACAGUUCUAUCGGCGUCCAUUCAACAUGGUGGCCUUUCUAGUGACUCAUAACGCCUACUCAAGCGGUCCACGCUAUGCAGUGUGGGCCCGCAAUCAGCGGUACAGCGUCCGACAACAGCUGCUGGACGGCGUGCGUGGGCUCAUGCUAGAUAUAUAUCCAGGAUGGGGCGAGGCAGAAGUCACGCUCUGCCAUGAGACCUGCUUCUGGGGCGGGGCGACAGAUCUUCUUGACACAUUGAUUGUCGUCAGAAAAUUCCUCGAAAACAACCCUCGUGAGGUAAUCACAAUUAUAUUCGAGGAUUACCUGAGGAAUCCAACGAUUUUGAAGCACGUGUUUGAUAAGGCGGGCGUGUCGCGACACGUGCUUGAUAGCUCCGAGUGGGGGAAUGUGUACAAAAACUGGCCAACGCUCCACGAGAUGCGGAGACUGGGGCGACUUGUGGUGUUUAAUAAUAAUGGACUAAAGGGAUUCCCUUACACUGAGGAUAAUAUGUGGUUUUACGUGCGAGAAAACCGCUACGGUCAACCGGGACUAGACACCAAGACAUGUGUCGAUCGCGGAGAGUCCAGACUUAACGCCGACUUCAGUGACAACUGGAGUCUAGUUCUUGUCAACUGGUUCGGUACAGCGACCAAUCCACUUAACCCUUGCCUGAAUUCGUUUCUCAAAAUGAAGCGCAAGUUAGCAACUUGUGCCCGCGAGUUUGGUCAGCGUGCCAAUUUUGUAGCAGUAGAUUACUACGAGUCCGGUGAACAUGGCGGUGCUUUCAAGGCAGUACAGUGGCUUAACGAUCAAUGGAAAGAUCUGUACAACCGCCAACUGAAUCAGGUUUCAGGAGUCAAAGGACCAGAAACGAGGCUGAAUUCAUUGCGCUACUCAGACAAGCUUGGCUCUGUCUUCAAAAGCAACUACUCAAAGGGCGUUACCCUGGAGGAAGUGUACAAUGACAACGGCUUUAGGAAUAGCUUGGGAUUCCUAAUUCCAAGUAAUAUCACAAAGUUGAUAAGCAGCCCAAAGGAGGAAGACUACCGCAAUGUAAAGGGUACCAAUAAUACACUGGGUUUCGUAGAAUCGUACCGUGAUCAGAUUGGAGAUAGAGAUAAUAUUAGCGAAGUACCGAAAGCGUCUACUAGCUUUCCAGACUCAAGUACGAAUGAUUAUGUUAUUGGCAGUGGCGGAAAGGAGCACAAAUUAAAUCGUAUAAGUUUGAUGGCGGCACUCAAUGAAAUGAUUGGUACAAACCAAGUUGAAGACACUGUUGAAGAGAUGGGUAGAAAUGUUUCUUCAAGUGAACACACUAUGAAACUUUUAAGAAAUAAUUCCCAGCCGCACUUUGGCACUGUCGUCGCUAGACCUGCUGAAGCUACAAAGAAAAGGAACGUAUCUGUGAACCAUAUACUUUCACAAAACGGUCAAGGAUAUUCCAAUAAGACACAGUAUCUUACGGAAAUAAUAGACCAAAUUUAAAUGUUAGGUUUUGAUGUUAUUUUCUACUGAUCACAAAAUGACAGUGAGGAGCUGACAAGACAUAUUUACGGCUAGUGAAAUCUUAUCCACCUUGUGUUAUUACGUCAGCGAAGGGAAUUUACUCAAAGCCAUUUGAUGUUAUGGUCAUGGCUAGCCUCAAUGUGGGAACUUAUGAACUAUUUAUCAGCGAUAACUUAAAUGGUAUUAAAAUAUGAAGUGGAUAUUAAUAAAAAAAAACCUUUUUAAAAA